AACACCUCCAUUACCCUCGCUUCUCGACGUCCAGGUUAGGAGUUCCAACAAUUCGGGAUAAGAAGUUAACAGUUUCGUCAAAGACAAGAGGCAUUUCAACCGUUAAGAGUGCCGCGAAAACUUCACCUAUACGUUUGGAAUAGGCGAUACCAAAAACAACAGGGAUCUAAUUGGCGCGCAAUUCGUAUUUUUACUAGAUUUUUGGGGUAGCCAACGCUUAUUUUUGUAAUUUUAUUUUAAGAACAGUUUUUGAUAUGUAACUAUUAAUUGACCCCACUGUGUGUUAGAAUGACAUCAGUGCUGCGUGGGGGCUGGAUAUCACAUUUCCAACAGUGGAAUCUCUCCGCACGUCCUCGUUGUUCCCGGGAAUCUGAGUUCUGAUUCGUAUUAGCCAACAUUAUCUACUUAUCCUUUAGGUUUAUUGGUGUUAUUUUGACUAAACUCGUAACAACCCCUUUUCCUGGAAUGGGUUCCCGAGCAACAAGCGAAUCUGUUGGUCAGUCGUGCGCACAUUUUGAAGGAAUAACGCAACGGUACCUGCGGAAUAAUUGAACGUCUCUCUUUUAAACUGGUUGUUUUUCGAGAGAAAGAGCGACGCGUGGACUCUGAAAAUGCAUUUUUAGUAGUUUCAGAAAAGUACUCUGAAAAGUGCCUCACGUUGGUAUUUUUCUUUGCUUGAGAAAUCGACAGUUGGAUCUGUAGAGGGAGACCAUGGCGAGGCACAGUCUCGGUCUCGUGGAGCUGAAGCCCUACUUCACAUUCCAAGUAUUGUGGAUGAUGAAAGCUUUAUUCGAUCUGACGUUUUCCCAAGAAAUUUAUGCACCACACUCCAUUAGGAUCGAAGGGGACGUGACCCUUGGUGGCCUUUUCCCCGUCCAUGCCCGUGGAAUCCCCGGUAUCCCCUGUGGAGACAUCAAGAAAGAAAACGGGAUCCACCGGCUUGAGGCGAUGAUGUAUGCUCUGGACCAAAUCAACAGCGACGAAGAGCUUCUGCCUAACAUCACCUUAGGUGCCCGAGUUCUCGAUACAUGUUCGAGGGACACGUACGCUUUGGAACAGUCCCUCACUUUCGUACAGGCUCUCAUCCAAAAAGACACGUCGGACGUGAGGUGUACUAACGGUGAACCGCCGGUGUUUGUCAAACCCGAGAAAGUUGUUGGCGUGAUAGGAGCCUCAGCCAGUUCCGUGUCUAUCAUGGUAGCGAACAUUCUACGGCUGUUUCAGAUCCCUCAGAUCAGCUACGCCUCCACAGCCCCGGAGCUGAGCGAUGACCGGCGCUAUGACUUCUUCUCCAGGGUGGUGCCUCCAGACUCCUACCAGGCCCAGGCCAUGGUGGACAUCGUCAAAGCCAUGGGCUGGAACUACGUCUCCACCCUGGCCUCUGAGGGCAGCUACGGGGAGAAGGGAGUGGACGCCUUCAUGCAGCUGUCCCGAGAAGCAGGUGGCAUCUGCAUCGCCCAGUCCCUGAAGAUCCCCCACGAUCACAAGCCGUCUGACUUCGACAAGAUCAUUCGCUUGUUGCUAGACACGCGAUACGCCCGCGCCAUCAUCAUUUUUGCCUCGGAUGAAGAUAUACGGGGUGUCCUGAACGCCAGUAAACAAGCAGACCAAGUGGGUCACUUUGUGUGGAUCGGCUCAGACAGCUGGGGGGCCAAGAACAGUCCCAUCCAUGGGCAGGAGGACGCCGCCAUUGGCGCUGUGACCAUCCUCCCCAAGAGAACCUCCAUCCCUGGUUUUGACGCCUACUUCACAUCCAGAACCUUGGAGAACAACCGCAGGAACGUGUGGUUUGCAGAGUACUGGGAGGAAAACUUCAACUGCAAGCUCAUGAGUUCCUCCAAGAGGGAGGACACAAGCAGGAAGUGCACAGGUCAGGAGAGGAUCGGGACGGACUCCAAGUACGAGCAGGAAGGGAAGGUGCAGUUUGUGAUAGACGCCGUGUACGCCAUGGCCCACGCCAUCCACAACAUGCAGAGGGACCUGUGUCCUGACACCACAAGCAUCUGCCCCGAGAUGGACCUGGCUGGGGGCAAGAAACUCCUCAAGUACAUCCGUACGGUCAGCUUCAACGGAAGUGCCGGGACCUCAGUGACGUUCAACAGGAACGGCGACGCCCCUGGAAGGUACGACUUGUUCCAGUACCAGGUGAACAACAGCUCGGCCCGUGGCUACAAGAUGAUUGGACAGUGGGUCGAGGCUCUCCAGCUCAAUGUGGAGGACAUGCAGUGGCCCGGUGGGGAGCAGGAGAUCCCCAGCUCGGUGUGCAGCCUCCCCUGCCGGCCAGGGGAGAGGAAGAAGGUGGUGAAGGGCAUCCCCUGCUGCUGGCACUGCGAGCGCUGCGACGGCUACCAGUACCAGCACGACGAGACCUCCUGCAAGCUGUGCUCCUACGACAUGAGGCCCAACCCCAACCGCACCGCCUGCGUGUCCAUCCCCAUGGUCAAGCUGGAGUGGCACUCCCCCUGGGCCGUCAUCCCCGUGUUCCUGGCCGUGCUGGGCAUCGUCGCCACCAUCUUCGUCAUGGCAACGUUCGUGCGCCACAACGACACGCCCAUCGUGCGGGCGUCGGGGCGGGAGCUGAGUUACGUGUUGCUGACGGGCAUCUUCCUGUGUUACGUCAUCACCUUCGUCAUGAUCGCCGAGCCGGACGUGGGCGUGUGCUCGUUCCGCCGGAUCUUCCUGGGGCUUGGCAUGUGCAUCAGCUACGCCGCGCUGCUCACCAAAACCAACCGCAUAUACCGCAUCUUCGAGGAAGGGAAGAGGUCGGUGACGCCGCCGCGCCUCAUCAGCCCCACCUCGCAGCUCGCCAUCACCUCCAGCCUCAUCGCCAUCCAGCUGCUGGGCGUGUUCAUCUGGUUCGGGGUGGACCCACCUAACACCCUCAUCAACUACGACGAGCAGAAGACCAUGAACCCCGAGGAGGCCCGUGGGAUGCUCAAGUGCGACAUCACGGACCUGCAGAUCAUCUGCUCGCUGGGCUACAGCAUCCUGCUGAUGGUCACCUGCACCAUCUACGCCAUCAAGACCCGCGGAGUGCCCGAGAGCUUCAACGAGGCCAAGCCCAUCGGCUUCACCAUGUACACCACCUGCAUCGUGUGGCUGGCCUUUAUCCCCAUCUUCUUUGGCACGGCCCAGUCCCCUGAGAAGCUGUACAUCCAGACCACCACGCUGACCAUCUCCAUGAACCUGAGUGCCUCUGUGGCUCUGGGGAUGCUUUACAUGCCCAAGGUAUACGUCAUCAUCUUCCACCCGGAGCUCAACGUGCAGAAGAGGAAGCGCAGCUUCAAGGCGGUGGUGACGGCCGCCACCAUGUCGUCGCGUCUCUCCCACAAGGCCAGCGACCGGCCCAACGGAGAGGCCAAGACGGAGCUGUGCGAGAACGUCGACCCUAAUAGUCCAGCCACCAAGACAAAGUAUGUGAGCUACAAUGACCUUGAGAUCUGAAGACCUCCGCUGGAGAAAGGAAGAGAGAGGGAGGGAGAGAUAGAGAGAGGUUGGAGGGGAAUAGAGUGAUGAAUAGAGUGAUGAUUAGAGUGAUGAUUAGAGCGGCUUAAUCGCAUGCCCCUCUGUCAAAAGGGAAUGUAAAAAAAAUGGAUGGUUUGCGUCCAUGUACACCUCUGCUUGUCCAAUCAGGUCUCAGGGCAGAGCAAACUUCCGGAACUUUCCUUUCACUACAAAAAACACUGGCAGAGGUCUUCACAAAUAUCCUGAUUGAAACUUAACCAGAGAGCCCGGAGACAGAAAAAAAACAUGGAUAAACCAAGACUAAGCUCUGCAAAAAUGUAAAGAAAAAAAAAGAAAAAAAAAAAAUGAAAUCACACUCGAUGAUGAGAAAAACAACAGGUUGAGCUCUACUUCCUGGUUACCUUGGAGGCUCACGGAGUUCCAGAGUUGCUAGGGGGCGGGGCCAGUGCCCUGUGGAUGUCAGUGGGCAGUCCCUCCCCCUACUCACAAUGUCUCUAAAGGUGCACUGCACAAGAAAAUGACUUACCAUUGGGGCUGCCUCCUGUCCUCAAUGUACUUCCAAACUGCAAGUUUUUUCAAACUUCACGUUGACAAGUGUGUGGUUCCUCUGCUAUUUCUGUUUCGUUUGUUGUGGGUUUUCUAAGAUUAAUCUAUUUUUGGUUGUCCUUGCUUCUUGGAUGCACAUUAUAAUUAAAGCCAUAUUCUUCUCUUUGAUACUUGGAGAAAAGGGUUAUUUUGUGUUUUUCUACUGAUUUGUGUUAAAUUGUUGUUACCGGUUGCCUGUGGAAGAGAGUUUCCUGUUGUCCCAUUACCUAACGUGUCUCUUGAUCCACGUACUUGUUUUACAUCUGUUGUGUAUUUCACCAUUAACUGUGUUUAGAUGACUAAAAGAGAGCUCAAUCCAUGCUUUGAUGGAUUUCUAUGAAGACUCCAGUGAUCAAUGGUAUUCAGACACAACAAGGUUGUCAAUGCAUGCCUGCUAUGUUUGAUGUUAAAGUUUCUACAAAAUAUGAGAACCUCACAACACAGUUGAUCCACCUGUCUUCUCUGAAUGGCUUGUCCGAUCCUGUUUUCCGUUUUAUUUUGACGUGCAGUGAUUUCUCACUGGGCAGAAUAUGGCUUUAAUUUGUCUUAGAGUUUCCUUUUGCUCCGCGACGUAUGGACCAUUGUGGAAAAAAAAAGAUGAAUAUAUAUUUAAAAACAAAACACACAAAAAAAAGACAAAGCAUGUAUGUUUUCUACAGUUUGUACUUGAGUAUCUUCAUGUUGCCCUUGCUGCUUAUGUGCCAUGUUGUGGGAGAGAUUUACGUUUGGCCACUCAUGCAAUGAU